AUGAGUGACUUUGAGGUCACAAACGGCGAAGAAGAAGACAUUUUUACAGAAAAAGAAGAUAAUGUUGUACGCGAAGCAAGAGAAGAAACAAACAAAAGGUUUCGGACGUGGGACAAGGCAUCUACAUCGAAGGAUGGAGGUGAUCCAAUAAAUGACCUUGAUGUAGAGUCUGAUGACAGUGAAACAUUUCACAGUAUGGAUAGUGAGGAGGAGGAGGAGGAGGAUGAAGGUGAGGGUCCUCAUAGACGAGUGAGGAGGUAUCCAGAAUGGAGACCCAAGCGGGACUUGAAAGAAAUAAUUACAUUGACAGUAGGGUUGAAGUUCAGUAACCCCACUGAGUUCAAGGAAACGUUGAAAGUGUUUGCAGUGCAAAAUUCCUUUGACUAUAUGUACAAGCACAAUGAGAAGACGCGGGUCUCCGCGGAGUGCAAGAAAAAAUGUGGCUGGAGAAUACACGCAACCACCACGAUACACAAGCAGGCAAUAGUUAGGUGGGUUGUUAAUAGAUAUAUAGACAGCUUUCGAGACCAAAUAAACCUCAAACCGACAUAUUUGAGGGAGAUGAUCUGGAGGGACUACCAUGUUGAGUUCAAAAUGUUGAGCUGCCUCCGUGCAAAAAGAAUGGCAUUGGAGAUACUGGAUGGUAUAGAUGGUGAGCAGUACAAGCACACCAGGGAGUAUGCCAAUGCAUUACUGCAAUGGAAUCUGGGUUCCUUAGCAUUCAUUCAGCGGGAUGGAGUGUUCUUUCAACGGAUUAUGUUUCGUUGGCGGCCUGCAAGGAAGGGGAAGUGGAGUGGUCAACUGCAUGCAGCAGUUGCUCGGGAUGCAAACGAUGACAUUUACCCGAUAGCAUAUGCUAUAUGCGAAGCUGAAACUAGGGACACAUGGACUUGGUUCUUGAAAAUACUUUUAGAUGAUAUUGGGUAUGAUCGGGAGCAUAUGUGGUCGUUCAUGUCCGACCGUCAAAAGGGGUUGGUUAAUGCUUUAGAAGAUUUGAUGCCUGGCGCUGAGCACAUGUACUGUGUUAAACAUCUACAUGCCAAUCUCAAGAAGAGAGGCUUUAAAGGGAAAGAGUUCAAAGAUGCUCUAUGGGGUGCAGCAAGGGCACUCAAUGAAAUACAAUUCAAGUAUUAUCUCGAGGUGAUUAAAGGUAUGGACCAAAGAGCAUACAAAUACCUCGAGAAGAUAAACCCUAAGGUGUGGUCCCGCCAUGCAUUCUUCACUACCAACUGCAAUGACAUUUUACUAAACAACAUUGCGAAGAGCUUUAAUGCUUGGGUGUUGGAGGCUAGGGACCAGCCGAUUCUAUCUUGUAUGAAGACAAUAAGGAGGCAGUUGAUGAACCAGUUUGAUAAGAAGAGGGUUGGAGUAGCAACUUCAACCAAUUAUGAGGUUGAUCAUAGCCAUGAGCCUAGGAGAGUUGUUAAUCUUGAGGCAAGAACUUGUGGAUGUGGCAGGUGGCAACUGAACGGUAUUCUCUGCCCUCAUGCAAUUUGUGCAAUGUAUAGAAAUAGGCGUUUCCCUGAAGAUUACAUCAGUAAAUGGUACUUAAUGGAUACAUAUAGGCUGUCAUAUGCCCCUAAUAUUAAUCCAAUGCCUGGACCCAAUGACUGGCUCAUUGACUGUGAUGUAGACCCUAUAGAGCCACCGAUUCCAAAGACACAACGCGGUAGGCCUAAAAAGCUCAGAAGAAGAGGAGAUGAUGAGACAGUUCCAGAUGAAAGUACAAGGGUCACUUGA